UCCUUUGCUCCCGUUCUAGAAAAGUGAAAAAUAUUUUUAUCGUCCGUAAAAUAAUGGAAUAAGUCGGAGUUUUUCCUUGUUCCCGUCUAGUUUGACCAUCGAAAAGCUAGUGAAUCUGCUGAGUCCCCGAGAACCAGGCAGAAUAAUUGGUAUUUCAAACGGGAACGCGUGAGAGCAAAGGAUAAAAAUAAACCCAUCGCACCGCAACAACGAUGAACAGUGAAGCGGCCGUCCAGUGCGUGGUGAGGGCAGUGUCCUACCUGUCCGAGGGUAAGAUCGAAAAGGCGGAAAAGCUACUCACCAAAUCGCUUGGUCUACAUCCAACGAAACAGGCCGAAGAGCUUUUGGAGAAGAUUAGAAGCGGAGCUUAUACUAAGCGUGCCUCGUCCGGGAAUGCGUCGGACGAUGGCCUGCGGCAACGACCGGCUGCUGAAUCGAGUACGGCAAAGGCAGACUCGGGUUCCGAAGCGGACUACACUCCGGAACAGUUGGAAGCGGUGAAACGGAUCAAGAAAUGCAAAGAUUACUACGAAGUGCUGGGAAUUACGAAAGAAUCUCCCGAUACGGACAUCAAGAAGGCUUACAAAAAGCUGGCCCUGCAGUUGCAUCCGGAUAAAAACAAAGCACCAGGAUCGGCGGAAGCUUUCAAGGCAAUCGGCAACGCUGUGGCCAUAUUGACCGAUGCCGAGAAACGAAAAUCGUACGAUCUUUACGGUGCAGAUGAGCAACAUCAGACAACGGCUCGUAGAAGCCGUGCCCAAUAUGAAUACGCUUACUCGCGAGGCUUCGAGACGGAGUUUACGGCCGAGGAGCUGUUCAACAUGUUCUUCGGAGGAAAUAUUCCCACUCAGCAUGUCUACAUGCGACAGCGACGGUUUCAUCGCGCCGAACAUCACCACCAGCAGAAUAGGGAGCCUCAGUCAGGUUAUGCAGCGUUCAUUAAUCUGUUGCCGAUAAUACUCCUGAUUGCUCUCUCGAUGAUGUCCUCGUUCUUCAUUUCGGACCCUAUCUACAGUUUGACUCCUAGCCAGAAAUACUCCGUCGCUCGCAAGACCAAUCAGCUAAAGAUUCCUUACUACGUGAAAGAGAACUUCCACUCGGAGUACCAGGGAUCGGUCGGACGGCUGGAGGCAUCCGUUGAGGAAGAGUACCUAAACAAUUUGAAACAUUCGUGCUAUCGAGAACGAAACUAUAAGGAAACCAUGCUAAUGAAGGCACGCAACUUUGGUGAUCGCGAUCUGUACUACAGAGCACAGCACAUCAAAACGCCCUCGUGUGACAAGCUGAACAGCUUACACAACAACUAGUCUUGGGGCUUGUGGUCGUCGUUUGAGUCGUCGUUUUCUUCGAAAUCUUUGUUAAAUAGCAAAUUGAGACAGGAGUCAGCAGCUAGUUUGCAUUGCACGUUUUUAGGAUUAGAAAUCGUACAGCAACAAGAGAAGUGAAGAAAACGAAUGCAAAGAGUUUUUCCUCCCGUGUGUCGUCGAUUGCCUUCGUGUUGUUGGUGAAUCGAAUGUUUUCCCCCUGCCCAUUUGAAGUUACUCCGGUCCCCCAUUUGUCAUCCUUCGAGAGCAUUUUUCGUUUGUUAAAAUUUCGGUUAAAGGGUUGUUAUUUCUGUAAA